GGAGUCAGAGUGUCAACUCCCGAAGUCCUUCGGCUUUGCCCUCCCAGGACACUGCUGUUCUCCAAGAGAAGACAGGAAGAGAAGGUGAAAAUGACUGUUGAACUAAUGAAAACCAUACCACAGUACUUGGUGACAUUCAAAGAUGUGGCAAUAGACUUUUCCCAGGAGGAAUGGGACUGGCUGAACCCUGCUCAAAGGAGUUUAUAUAGGAGUAUGAUGUUGGAGAACUAUCAGAGCCUGGUAUCACUGGGACUUUGCAUCUCUAAGCCAUAUGUGAUCUCCUUACUGGAGCAAGGGAAGGAGCCUUGGGACAUGAAGAGUGCGAUGACGAGCCCAUUCCCAGAUUGGGAAUCUAGCUAUGAGACACAAGAAUUAUCUCUGAAGCCAUGCAUGUAUGAUGAUGAUGUGUUAAUGGAGAACAUUACAAGCUAUGGACUUGAGCAUUGCAUUUUUGGAGAAAACUGGAAAGCUAGAGAUUUUUUUGAGAGGCACCUGGUAAGUCAAGAGUCAUUUAUCAGACAAGAAACACUCACUUACAAAAAAACCCUUACUUAUGAAGUACACCACAAAUACAACAAAUCUGGGAAAUUUGUCCAUCUAGAUUAUGCAGGAGAGACUGUUUAUAAUCACAGGUCUGAUAUAAAAAGUUUUUCCAAAAAUUCCAUGAUAAAGAAACACAAAAGAGUCUAUGGAGGAAAGAAACUUUUCAAAUGUAACGAAUGUGAGAAAACCUUCACCCAGAGGUCAUCUCUUACUGUUCAUCAAAGAAUCCAUACUGGUGAAAAGCCGUAUGAAUGUAAAGAAUGUGGAAAAGCCUUCAACCAGAGUCAACACCUUGCUCAACAUCGCCGAACACAUACCGGAGAGAAACUCUUUGAAUGUAAAGAAUGUAGGAAAGCCUUCAGCCAAAAUGUACACCUUAUUCAACAUCAAAGAAUUCAUACUGGAGAAAAACCAUAUAAAUGUAAGGAAUGUAGAAAAGCCUUCAGCCAGCCUGCACACCUUGCUCAGCAUCGGAGAAUUCAUACUGGAGAGAAGCCCUAUGAAUGUAAGGAAUGUGGAAAGGCAUUCAGUGAUGGCUCCUCCUUUGCCCGACAUCAAAGAUGUCACACUGGCAAAAGACCCUAUGAAUGUGUUGAAUGUGGGAAAGCCUUCAGGCAGAAUGCAUCCCUUAUUCGUCACUGGAGAUAUUAUCACACCGGGGAGAAACCCUUUGAAUGUGUCAACUGUGGGAAAGCCUUCAGUGAUCACAUAGGCCUUAUUCAACAUAGGAGAAUUCAUACUGGAGAGAAACCCUACAAAUGUGAUGUGUGUGGGAAAACCUUCAGCUAUGGCUCAUCCCUUACUGUACAUCAGAGAAUUCACACAGGAGAGAAACCUUACAAAUGUGAUGUCUGUGGGAAGGCCUUUAGCCAUCACGCAUCACUCACUCAACAUCAAAGAGUGCAUUCUGGAGAGAAACCUUUUGAGUGCAAGGAGUGUGGGAAAGGCUUUAGGCAGAGUAUACACCUUGCUAGUCAUCUGAGAAUUCAUACUGGUGAAAAACCCUAUGAAUGUAAGGAAUGUGGGAAAGCUUUCAGCAUCAGUUCACAGCUGGCCACUCACCAGAGAAUUCAUACUGGAGAGAAGCCCUAUGCAUGCAAGGAAUGUGGUAAAUCUUUCAACCAGAGGGCACACCUUGUACAACAUUAUAAAAUUCAUACAGGAGAGAAACCCUACGAGUGUAAUGAAUGUGGUAAAGCCUUCAGCCAGACUGCCCGCCUCAUUCAACAUCAAAGAGUUCAUACUGGAGAAAAACCCUAUCAAUGUACUGAAUGUGGAAAAGCUUUUAGUGAUAGUUCAUCCCGCGCUCAGCAUCAGAGACUUCAUACUGGCCAAAGGCCCUAUGAAUGUGUUGACUGUCAGAAGACAUUUAGGACAAAGUCAUCCCUUAUUUGUCAUCAAAGAUGUCACACUGGUGAGAAACCUUAUGAGUGUAGUGCAUGUGGCAAAGCCUUUAGCCAUCGUCAGUCCCUUACUGUUCAUCACAGAAUUCAUUCAGGAGAGAAACCAUAUGAAUGUCAGGAAUGUAGGAAAACCUUUAGCCAGACUGGACACCUUAAUCUACAUAAAAGAGUCCAUACUGGAGAGAGAUCUUACAAAUGUAAGGAAUGUGGAAAUGUCUUCAGACAAAGUGUAUACCUUGCUCAACACCAGAAAAUUCAUGCUGUAGAGUCUGCUCAGUCAGCCAGCUUUUCCUCAUCCCUUAUACCACCAAGUCCUGUGGAUAUAUCUGCUAAAUAUUUUUGGAAUUCAUCCACUUAUUUCAGUUCUCAUUGCCCUAGUCCAAAACCGAGUCCUUUUUCCUGGACUAUUCCAAUUGUAUAAGAACUGGUUUCCUUGCAUCCUCUUUUGUCCCUCUUUUGAAUCCCCUUGAAAUUCAUUGUUCACACUACUACCACAGCAUUAUUUUUAAAAUGAAAAUGUAAUAAUAUUACUUUCCUCCUAAAACCCUGCUAAGAAAUUUAUUUUUUUUAAUAUUUAUUUAUUUAUUUUUAGAGAGGAAGGGAAGGAGAAAGAGAGAAACAGCAAUGUAUGCUUGC